GCAGCCUCUUGCCAUCCAGGAGGGUUUUGUGUGUCGGGUUCGGACCUGCCAUUGUCUUGCUUUGUUCUUGGGUUCAAAAAGCCGUUUUUUAUCUGCAUUCAUUUCGGUGUCUUUUAUGAAUAAUCAAAAGCAGCAAAAGCCAACGCUUACCGGCCAGCGUUUUAAAACUCGGAAAAGAGAUGAAAAGGAGAGAUUUGACCCUUCUCAGUUUCAAGAAAGUAUUGUUCAAGGCUUGAACCAAACUGGCACAGAUUUGGAAGCGGUUGCAAAGUUCCUCGAUGCCUCCGGCGCCAAGCUCGACUACCGCCGGUAUGCUGAGACACUCUUCGACAUCCUGGUGGCUGGAGGAAUGCUGGCCCCAGGAGGGACUCUAUCUGAUGACAUGACCCGUACUGAGUACUGCCUCUUCACGGCAAGUGAAGACCUGGAGACCAUGCAGGCUUAUGCUCAGGUUUUUAACAAGCUGAUCAGGCGUUACAAGUACCUGGAGAAAGGGUUUGAAGAGGAGAUUAAGAAGCUGCUGCUGUUUUUAAAAGGGUUCACCGAGUCAGAGAGGAAUAAAUUGGCCAUGCUUACCGGAAUCCUGCUGGCCAAUGGCAAUAUAUCAGCCUCCAUCCUGAGCAGCCUCUUUAAUGAGAACUUGGUCAAGGAAGGUGUGUCUGCUGCCUUCGCUGUGAAGCUGUUCAAAUCUUGGAUCAACGAAAAAGACAUCAACUCAGUUGCUGCUAGCCUGCGUAAAGUUGGCAUGGACAACAGGCUGAUGGAGUUGUUCCCUGCCAACAAGCGUAGCUGCGAACACUUCUCAAAAUAUUUCACCGACGCUGGGCUGAAGGAGCUCUCGGACUUCGCUCGCAACCAGCAGUCCAUCGGAGCACGCAAAGAGCUUCAGAAAGAACUGCAAGAGCAGAUGUCCCGCGGCGAGACCCUCAAAGACAUCAUUGCCUACGUUCGUGAAGAGAUGAAGAAAACAAGCAUCUCCGAGCAGACAAUGAUCGGCAUCGUGUGGACCAGUGUCAUGAGCUCCGUCGAGUGGAAUAAAAAGGAGGAGCUCGUCACAGAGCAAGCCAUCAAACACUUGAAGCAAUACAGCCCACUGCUGAAGGCCUUCACCUCCCAGGGCCUGUCUGAGCUCACCCUCCUGCUGAAGAUCCAGGAGUACUGCUACGACAAUAUCCACUUCAUGAAGGCCUUCCAGAAGAUCGUGGUGCUUCUUUACAAAGCUGAUGUUUUGAGUGAGGAGGUUAUUUUGAAGUGGUACACGGAAGGCCACAUGGCCAAAGGAAAGAGCGUCUUCCUCGAGCAGAUGAAGAAGUUCGUAGAAUGGCUGAAGAACGCUGAGGAGGAGUCAGAAUCUGAGGAAGAGGAGGGAGACUAAAACACCAUGUCAACAGAAUGUUUUGUUACAGAAGUGCUUGUCUUUCUAAUAUUAUUUUUUUUUAUUAUUUUUUUUUUUUUUUAUUUCUUUUGGCCUUUUUUUUUUUUUUUUUUUUUUUUUUUUUGAUUCUACCUCCUGUUUUUCAAACCAUAACAUUUAGAUGUCAUUUAAGGGCUUUAUAACAAAUGGUUAAUUUUAACAGAUUUUUCUAAUAUUAAGGUUUACACUUAAAAUAGCACAAAAGUUGUGGUCAACCUUUGUAAUUAUUUACUCACUCAAGGAACUUUUAAGUGUUGACACAGUUUGGACAUCUUAAAUUAUUGUUAUAAUGAUUCCUUUAUGAAUUGACAUUCCAUUAAAUUAGAUCAGGCUGCCUUGUUUGCUUUUAAGACGCCCUUUUCUAUAUGGUAUUGAUGCCUUCAUGCCCUGUCAUGAUCAGUGUCCAGAAAGGGAAACGAAAAAAAAAAAUACGGUCACCUUGUCUCAUCGUGAUGUUAUUGCCAAAGGGUUAAGUCCUUCUCCCAUAACAUCCAUCAGCGUUCUGUUCCCUGCCUACGAAACUGUACAGCGCUGAAAACAAUUUGCUGAUCACCCUGUAAAGACCCUUAAAUGACUCCCAACCUCUUCUAUGAUGUAUCUCCAUCUUAUUUGUCACCGAUUUCUUUAAUCUGAAUAACUAAUUGACUUUUUUUAAGAAAUAAAGACCUAGAACUAUA